AUGACUGACGCGUCAACACCGGAAACCACCGGAACGGCAGCAACGCCGGCGGGAAGCUUCUCGCCGCUUCAGUAUCUCGAUCGCGCAUUGUCGACACUGCGCGAUAUUGGAAUUACGCCGGAAUCUGAAGCGGACGCACCUAUCAACGCGCUUCUUGAACAGAUUUCGGAGCUGUCUCCCGACAAGGUGCUGGUCAUCUCGCGCACGCUCAGCCAGGCUUCCAAUUUCAACGAGGUUGUCCGCACGCAGGUCCAGCAGAUGGAUAUCGGUGAGCGAUACGAGGAAAUCACCAACGCCUUCAAUUCCAUCAGGGACGACGCCAAGUCGCUGGUGGAUCAGCUGGCAGACGGCAAGAUCUCCUUCACGGAAAACCUGUCGAACAAAUGGCGUGACAUGCGCCGGGGCACCAUCUCUGACCGGUUUCAGGAUAUUCGCGGGACGUACAAGGAAGUCGCCCUUGCGACCAAGGACCAGAUCGAGCGCGAGCAGACAAUCCUGGACUCUUAUCGCGACUUUCGCGGCGCCCUGAAACAGGCCGAGGUGACAGCGCUGGAGUUGCUGAACAUGGCAACCGAAAAGCUGAAUGGCAAAAAACUCGCGCUGGAAGCCGCCUCCAAGGAAGUGGAAGGCUAUGCCGGUGACGAUCCGGCGCAAAAGGCACGGCUGGAGCUCACGCGCGACGAACGCAUGCGCGAGAUGCAGGACGAGGAGAAGCGCUAUCAGAUUGCCAAGGACCUAUCCGACAACCUGACCAUAGGCUACAACACCUCGGAAGUGAUCAUGGCGCGUCUUGUGCAGACCACCAACGCCAAGGAACGUGUUUACGCGCAGUCCGUCAGUUUCUUUUCGACAAACGAAUCCGUCCUGACAGCUCUCAACGCGUCCUUUACCGGAUUGCAGGGCCUGCACGAGUCCACCGAAACCUUGAAUGCCAUGAAGGAAGGUAUCAACAAGAGCCUCGAAACUCUGGCUGAAAUCGGCGACGCCGUGCAAAAAGAAGCCCUUAAGGCAGGCUAUGGCCCGACCGUCGCCGCAGCAUCAGUGAAAAAACUGGUCGAUUCCGUGGUGAAUUUCCAGGUCCAGUCCCGCGAGAUCAUUUCCGAAAUGCGGGACAUGUCGACCAAGAAUUCCGAGGAAAUUCGCAACGCGGUCGAAGAAGGCAAGCGUCGGCUGGCAAAACUGACUGCACAGGGUCAGGGUCUCUGA